AAGAAACUUCUAUGGACGACAGGGUGUCCUCGUCGCUGAUCCACCACAAGCAGACUGGCAAGCACAAACCCCACCAGGACUGGGAAAGUCGCGAGCGAAAACCGUGUGGUGUGCGCGACAACGGUGUCUCAAUCCUACGCGGAAGCUUCGACACGUCAUUCAAUUGCCGGAAUUCACGCACCCCACGACUCCGGCUUCCUUCUUGGUCAGAAACCCGGUUCCGGAAUUUGCCAACGAAGCUCUCUUUGGCACCGCCGUAUUCGACAGCGUGCCACGGGCCGCGGUCGUCUCCGGAAGGCUUGGACCACCUCCCCUUCUCAGGCCUGUCCUUCGUUGCGUUUUUGGAGUUGUGAUGACGGAA